CUCAAGCCACAUAUAAAACCCUCCACCACCCUGCCUCCCCCUCAGGCCUCCACACCAGCUUCUUGAGCCCCCUCAGGCCUCUUGUGCAUACAUUUUCCAUUGCAGGAGCUUGACUGCUGUCCAAAGAAAUGGACCCCAUCAGCAUAGAGAAGAUCAGGGCCAUGAGGAAGUACAGGAGGAACAGGAAGCAGCAGCAGCUGCUGCUGCUCCCUGCCCUCGCACCGUACCUGGUGGCCACCUGUGCCGUCCUCUGCCUGCUGCUCACCAGCCCUGCCUGGUUCCCCGGGGUGUGCUCGCUCCUCGUCUCCUUCCUCCUCACCACCCUCCCUGACCUGGCCAUCGCCUUCCUGCUCAGCCCCAAGUGCCUCUUCGUCGUCGGCAACCUCAUCGUCGCCUUCCUCAUCGCCCAGUCUAGGCUAGCUCCGAAGAGCCAGCCCGCUUCCGUUGUGGAUGUCAACGACGUCCACGAGGAGUACGUGAAGAGGAGCGUCGCGCCGAUGACCGCUAAGGCGACAGCUACCACGGUGGUGUUCACCGAUCAUGGCGCCUCGGUAGAAGGAGUUUGGGAGGGAGAGAAGGAGAAGGAGGAGGAGGAGGUGGUGGAGCAGGGAGAGGAGGAGCUGGAGAAGAGGGUGGACGACUUCAUCGCUAGGGUGAAGAGGCAGAGGAAGCUCGAAGGCAAGAGCUUCUUCGACACCGAUCGAUAGGCGACCAUGCACGAUCAACCUUGCUUAACCUCCUUGGAGCUGGAAGAUGCAACAUGCAAGAGAAGAUUACGUCCGAAUUAAGGAUAUGUAAUGCUUUGUGCUACCAUGCUUGCUUAAUUAUGUCUUGUUAUUAAUUAGGGUCAGAGGUAAGAGGAAGAAGAAGAGGAGAAAGAAGAACCGGUUCCAGUGUCUUCUCUUCUCACGUUGUAGCUGGUUAAUUCUGGGUUGUAAGAAUGCCCCGGGGAUUAGGCAGAGAGGAGGAGAGACAAGGAAUGUGUGUGUGAUCUUUGGAAAAGUUGAGGAAAAAAGAAGUGAUGCCUGUUGUCUUUCAGUUA